AGUAGCUAGCGGUAGUAAGAGUCUGAGUUGAGGUCCAGACAGGCUGGGGCGCCUUCGAAGGGCUCGGCGGGAAGGCCAGGGGUUUGUAGCCAGGGCGGCGGGUUUGUGGUCUGCAGUGUCGUGAGGCUGGGGGAGGAGUUUGGAAGCCCAUCGACCUGACUCCGGUGUAGCAUGUCCGGUCUGGGGACCUUCGGUGGCACCCGCGCCGGGCUAGGACUGUUGCUGGGCACCGCCGCGGGCCUUGGAUUCCUGUGUGCCCUUUACAGCCAGCGGUGGAAACGGACCCAGCGCCGCGGUCAGAGCCAGAGUCGGUCCAACUCUCUGGACUACACGCAGACUUCAGAGCCUGGACGCCAAGUCAGGCUGUUGCGGGCAGUUCCGGGUGAGGCUGGCGAUGCUGCAGUGCUGCCAAGCCUUCCACGAGGACAGGAGGUGGUACUGGACCGCCUGGAGUUCGUGCUGACCAGCCUGGUGGCGCUGCGGCGGGAGGUAGAGGAGCUGAGGAGCAGCCUGCAGGGGCUUGCUGGGCAGAUUGUGGGGGAGGUCCGAUCGCAUAUGGAAGAGAACCAGAAAGUGGCUCGGCGGCGAAGGUUCCCAUUUGCCCGGGAGAGGAGUGACUCUACCGGCUCCAGCUCUGUCUACUUCACGGCUGCCUCGGGAGCCACGUUCACGGAUGCUGAGAGUGAAGGCGGUUACACAACAGCCAAUGCUGAGUCUGACUAUGAGCGGGACUCUGAAAGGGAGAGUGAUGGUGAUGGUGAAGAUGAAGUGAGCUGCGAGACAGUGAAGAUGGGCAGAAAGGACUCCUUGGACCUGGAGGUGGAGGUGGCUUUGGGUCCGGAGCCUGAAGCCCUGGAGGCCGGAGGCUCCCCUAGCCAGGAAGAUGUGCUGCCGCUCCUGCAGCAGGCAGACGAGCUGCACCAGGGCAGUGAGCAGGGCAAGCGGGAGGGCUUCCAGCUGCUGCUCAACAACAAGCUGGCGCAUGGAAGCCGGCAGGACUUUCUCUGGCGCCUGGCCCGGGCCUACAGUGACAUGUGUGAGCUUGCUGAGGAGGCGAGUGAGAAGAGGUCCUAUGCCCUAAGUGGAAAAGAAGAAGCCGAGGUCGCUCUGGAGAAGGGGAAUGAGAAUGCGGAGUGUCAUCAGUGGUAUGCAGUGCUUUGUGGUCAGCUGGCUGAGCAUGAGGGCAUCCAGAGGCGCAUCCAGAGUGGCUUUAGCUUCAAGGAACAUGUGGACAAAGCCAUUGCUCUCAAGCCAGAAAACCCCAUGGCUCACUUUCUCCUCGGCAGGUGGUGCUACCAGGUCUCUCACCUGAGCUGGCUAGAAAAAAAAACCGCGACAGCCUUGAGUGAAAGCCCCCUUGGUGCUACUGUGCAGGAUGCCCUCUCAAGCUUCCUAAAGGCUGAAGAACUACAGCCAGGAUUUUCCAAAGCAGGAAGGAUAUAUAUUUGUAAGUGCUACAAAGAACUAGGGAAAAACCCUGAAGCUAAACAGUGGAUGAAGCUGGCCCUGGAGCUGCCAAAUGUCACUAAAGAGGAUUCAGCUUUCCAGAAGGACCUGGAAGAAUUGGAAGUAAUUUUAGCAGAAUAAUCACAUUUCAAUGGGCUUCAUGAUUCAAGGAAGGAAAAAAAUUAAGUCUUUUCCCCUUAGGUCCUGCUUAGAUCAGGAAACUGAGCAAGACUGCUUAAGGGAGUGUCUUGACUCCUAGGUCUGACUGCUGCUUGCUACAAUUCCCCAAUUUCUUCCUACUGGUUAAUUUAUUCUAAUCCCUUACCUAAUCUGAAAUUGGGGAAGGACUUGAGACCUGGGUUUCUAUUACUUUUUCCAUAAAGUGAGUUCUCAAAAAAUCAAGACUAGUAUACACCUGCCCUAGGGUAGAGUGUGGAUAAAACACUGAAGGCUGCCUUUCAACUGCUGCUGAGGUGGAUGAACUCCAAAGAGCUAUAGGAACAAAACACAGAAUGUGUACUCUCUAAUCUUUUUCACUGAUUAAUAUUCAGAACCAAAGUGUAUAGUCCUAAGAUCACACACCCCAACCUACCAGGGCGGAAGAUCGGGGAGUCCAUGGGUAUUGCCUCUGCUCAGUCUAUCAUGUGGAUCGUAACUGUACUCCUGGGCUGAGGGCUGGACCACCUGACUUCCAGAGUCCUGGCAGCUUUUGAAAUAGCAGUGCAAAAGGCUUAUGACUGAAAAUGAUGAUCUGAA